AUGAAUUCCAAUAGUUAUGACGUUUCAGAGGAGAUUUUGUAUUCCAUGAUGGACAAUGGCUGCAUCAUGCAUGCUCAAGCUUCUGUAAUGCCAGAUUUAACGAAAGCUGUUCAGGAUUCUGAUAUAAAUGAACUUAAAACAUAUAAUAAACAGCCUGAUUCUAUAGCGCAUGAAUUAGCAGCAGAAGUUGUUAUGCAAUAUCUUGAAUUGCACAAAUUUGAUGCAUCAAUUGAAACAGGAAUUACAGAAUCCAACGGAGACUUACGUAGAAAAUACGAUAAUGAUUAUCUAGGCCAAUGCCUCCAACUAAAUGGAAAGAAAAACCUUGUUAUGCAACUUGCGGAAAUGCGUGAAGCAGAAGAUACAACAUUACCUCCAUCAACGAUGUUACCUGAAAUCACGGAUAUCAUUGAGCAAAUUCUUAUUCCAUCGAAGAGAUUACCGCGUCCACCAUCAGAUUCCGAUGAUGAAUAUGAUGGAGAAGAUCUUACACUCGCAACUACAAUUUCUAGCUUCGAGAUGGAUCCACAUCAAAAGCGCGCGUUAGAAGAUCGUCUUCUUCGUGAAGCAGAGCGUAUGGAACGCGAAAGAAUGGCUCGUGAAGAGAAAGAAAGAGCAAGACAAGAAAGACGUCUUGAACAUGAUGCUAGAGUACGUGAAAGACAACUUAUGCUUGAAGAACAAGAAGAUUAUUCUACAUAUUCUACAACAGAUAGUCCAGAAUUAGUAGAUGCCGAAGUUAUGGCAGGAAAUUCUCGAUUGAAUGGACAUUCUACGAUGGUUGUUGAAGAGGAAGAGGAAUAUUACGAAGAAGAGGAUGUUUAUGAAUCAAGAUUUUCUAAUACAGACUCAAUAAAUUCUUCAGAUUUAAUUCGAACAACAAUGUCAUCAUCAAGGCGUGGAUCUACAUCAAGAAGAUCUCGAUCUCGCAAAAUUACUAUGAAUCCAGAACUUACUUCCAUACAAGGAUCAAAAUCUUCUGGAACUCAAAGCACGGAAGGUUCUGCUUAUCCAGGUGGAGGCACCAGAAGUGGUUCUUCAACAUCACAAACAUCAACACAUACAAGAAGUAGCGCUACAAAUAGAGGAUCCUCUACAUCAAAUACUCAAUCGCGUUCUAGAACAAAUGGAGAUGAACCAACCCUCGAAACCGAUUAUCCAGGACGUUUUACUACAUCUACAGAUGGUUCUGAUUCAAGAUAUUCAUAUUCUUACUCUGAAGAAAGAUCAUCUCAGUAUCCAGGGUCACAAGGCUCCAGAUCAACACCAGGAUUAUCAAGAGGAGGCACAACUACAACAACCAGACCUCGUUCUGUAACAGAUGGAACUUCCCAAGACAGUGAUAACUCGAGAGGUCCAAGAUUACCUUUUCCAAAGGACAAAUCCAGCAGAAACAACCAAAGCAGCCAAUCAGGAUCCUACGAAGAACCAUCCCUUGAAAGUUCUUACCCUGGAAACCUCUCAAAAACAAAUCAAUCACAAGAUUUCGAAGAUCCGUUAGUAAAAUCAGGAGCUGUUAUCACAUAUGGUGGACAGAAGACCACAGAUUCAUAUUCCACGUCAACAUAUUCAUAUGACAUGUAUUCCAACAAGCAAUCAUAUGAAAAUUCCUCUUUUUCAUCGAAUAUGAAGCCAAUUUCUGAUUCAAUGAUCGAAUCAGAAGUUACUUCCAAUGUUUCUUACUCUGAAUCUCUCCAAAACACUAAUAAUUUACCAACAUCUGAUUACAUGAUAAACGGUUCAUAUUCAAAUACAAAUUCGGGUGAAAAAGUGACAUCUUCACCAAAAAGUGACAAUUCAAAUGAACAAAAAUUCCAACAAAGAAAUACUUAUUCAACAUCAGAUAUCGAUAAAUAUGAUGAUUACUCAAGAUCUCAAAAAAGUGACAAUUACUCAAAAAGUGACAAUUACUCAAAAAGUGACACUUAUAGUAAAAGUGACAGCUAUCGUUCAUCAAGUACUGAUUAUACCUAUCAAACUGUUAGUGUUGAUCAGAAUGGUCAGAUAGUCAGUCCUUUGACAGCAUCUCUUGUUGAGACUAAGAAUUCUUCUGACAUUGAUGGAAGUGAUUUCACUUACGAAACGAUUACUGUUGAUUCACAAGGAAAUCCAAUGCAUCCAAUUGAUUCUUUACCACCUCCUUCAUCUACAUUUGGCAAUGAUUAUUCAUACGAUGGUCCAACAACAGCUACAAAGUUACAAGAAGCUUUUGCGAAACCAUCUGUUGACUCAGAGAAAUCAAAUUCAACAAAAAUUGACAGUGAUGAAGAAAACAGUGAAAGUGAAUUCACUUAUGAAACAAUCACUGUUGAUUCACAAGGAAGAAUUGUCACUGAUUUAACAAAACCAAAAUCAGAUACAUAUGAAAACAAGUUUGGAAAGAAAGAUCAAGAUGAUACAACCGAAUUUACUUAUGAAACAAUUACUGUUGAUUCACAAGGAAAUCCAAUAAAUAGAGAUGGAUCAAAUGUUCCUUUGAUUUCUGACUACACAACAAAUGUUAUUCAUAAAGAUGCAAAUGGAAACAUCAAAGGUCCUGGUGAUAAAACUCUCAAACCAGCAGAACUCCUUACUUCUACUCUUGAUGAAGAUAUUUCUGUAUCAACAACAAAUGAUACUAACUCUUAUUCAAAUACAAAAUCAGAAAUUAAUCCAAAAAGUGACAAAGAUUUUAAUUCAAAUAAAAGUGACAUAACUAAAAGUGACAAUUAUUCCAAAGAUGGCUCAAAUGGAAGUGAAACUUUUGAUAGUACAAAAAGUAGUAACAAAUCACAAAAUGUCAGAAAUAGAAAUGCACAAAUUGGUGAUGGAAAACUCGCUAGUUUAUAUGCUACAAAAACUGAUAAUAAUAAUUCAAACAUUGAUAGCGAAGAAAGUGGCGAAUAUACAUAUGAAACAAUUACAAUUGAUCCUAUUACAGGACUUCCUAAAGUUCCUCCACAAGAAAACGCUUUCGAGAAGUUAAUGAAUGAAGAAGUAGAAAAACAAAAGUCAAAACAAAAAGAAAAUCCAGAAGUCACUUUUAUUCCUGACUGGGCACAAAAAUUCAUUCCUGAACAACAAGGAAAAUUCGUUCCUAAGAGAUAUAUCGAUGGAACAAUUGCUAAUAAUUAUGACGAUUUCACUUACGCAACAAUAGAAAUUGAUAAUAAAACAGGAAAACCAAUAAUUAAUGAUGAAAGAAUAGAAAAAGAAGUUGAAAAAUACAUGAAUCAGUCAAAAAGUGACAGUGAUGAAGAGUACACAUAUGCAACAGUAUCAAUUGAUGAGAAUGGACAUAUUCCUGUAUUAGACAAACUAAAAGAAAAAGGAAUUGAUACAAAUUCUUACUCUAAAACAACAGAUUCAAAUCAAAACAGAUUUUUGGAUCAAAAUAAAAACAAAGAUAAGUUCAUGGAUCAAAAUAAAAAGAUUGCUGGUGAAGAUAUGUUAGAAUCAACAUUUUCUUUGUCAACAGAAAAUUCUGAACCAUCAAAAAGUGACGAAUUUACAAAAAGUAAUGAAUCUUCAAAAAGUGACAAAGAAUCUAAAAAUUCCAAGUCAAGUAACAGAAGAACAAGAGGAAGAAGAACUAAAGAUAAUUCGACUACUUCUUACACUGUUUCUGAACAAAGUCUUGGAAGACCGAUGACUGCAUUAGAAAAAGCAAUUUCCAUGAAACAAAAAACAGUUUCUGAUGAAUCGUCAACUGCAGAUUAUUCCAAUGAAUUUACUUAUGCAACAGUUACAUUGGAUGAAACAGGAAAACCAAUAAUUCCUGAUGAAAUCAAGAGAUCAAUCGAAAGACAAAACAAAGCUGAAGAACUUUCACAAAAGAAAUAUCAAAGAGAAUUUCCAAAGAGAUCUACAAUUUCUCAGCAACAAAAUGAUAGUGAAGAAAGUCAAUCAAUCGAUGCAAGUUCAAGUGAAUGGUCACAAAUGACGAAACCAAUUAAAUCAAAGGAGUCUAAAGAUUCAAGAAAGAAUUUCAUGAAAAAUUUGACACCUUCUGAAAAUUCUGGGUCAGGUGUCAAAACAUUUAAUGACAGAAGACAAAAGCCAAAUUGGGAAGAUAUGGUUAAUGGCCAAGAAAUCAAAACAACUGAUUCAGAAUCAGAAAUUCCUUCACAACAAGAACAUUUGCCAAAACCAUCAAACAAAUUCAUUAAAUCCAAACAAAAUGAAUCAGAAAGUUUGGAAAGUGAACCAGAACAAACAUUUUCAACAAAUACAAAGCUAACAACAGAAACUGCACCAAAAAGUAGAUUUGCACAAGUAGAAGAAUCAACAGAUACAGUUAUUGACACUGUAACAACUUAUGAUACUAACAAUGAUUCAUCAGAUUUCGCUAAUUUCAAGGAAAAGAAUCAAAAAGAUCCUUCAAAAAGAUUUAUCCAACAACCAAAAUCUUCAUCGAAAUCUAGUGAUUCUUCUGAGAAAAGUGACAAAAGUGAGGUGAAGAGAAAUUCAUUGGCCAAAGCAAUAUCAAGUAAACCACCAGGAAAAAUGGCUUCUUUAGAUGAAUCAAUGAUGGAAUCGAUGCUUAAUUCUUCAAAUACUUAUUCAGGUGACUUCACUUAUGAAUCUGUUUCUGUUGAUUCACAAAUUCAAAACAAGUUGAACCAGAUGACAAUUAAUAAACCAGAAACAGAUAAAUAUUCCAAUAAAUCUCCAGAAGAAAUUGAGAAAAUGCAGAGAUAUAAAUUACCUUCAAAUGAAUCGAAAUUUAAAGAAAGAAAUCAACCAAAAGAUUGGGAAUCAAUGAAUAAAAAUGAUACAAUUUCUGAGUCCUAUUCUGAAUCAACGAAAGACUCUGAAACAAGUGAAACAGAUUUCAUGAGAUUAGUCAAAGGAAAAUUACCAAAAAUUAAAGAUAAUUUGGUAAAAAGUGAAACAGAAAGUGAAAAUGAUGAAAAACCGAAAAAGAAAUUUGCAGAAGUUGAAUCAUCAUUUUCUGAUAAUGAUAGUUACACAUAUGCAUCUGUUUCUGUUUCUCCUGAACAAGCACAGAAACUAGGAAUAACAGAAAAGACAGGAACAGCCGUAAAAUUACCAUCAAGAUUUGCUCAACAACAAAAACAACAAAAUGAAAGUGAGACUGAUGAAGAAUUAAGUACAUGGGAAAAACUGAAAAGAUCAGCAAAUAGAAACAAUUCAACAAUUGAUUCUGAAUCAUCAGAAGAACCCAAGAAUUUCUCUGUAAAUCCAUCAGUGAUAAAUCCUUCCCAAAACUCAAUUGAUGAUUACAUCAGACAAUCAAAACAAAGAAAAUUGGAAGCAGAAAAAAGACGUCAAAGAAGAAAAGUGACAACAACUGACGAAAGUGAACUGAUUGAUGAUGUUUCUACAUCAGAAAAUAAGAACUUAGUCAAUGCUUUCAAGAAAGAAAAGGAAGCUGAUAACGAACCAUCUCUUGAUUUAUCACAAAGUUCUUCAACAAAGGAUUCCGAAAAUGAUUACGUUGACAAUGUAAUUAUUAAUGUUGGACCUGAUGGAACGAUGUUCAGACAAACAUUUGAUGGAAAAAGAGCUGAUAAAAGUGAAGUGGCCAAUUUACCAAAAUACACCCCAAAGGAUCUUGAAAACUACCAUCCACCAACAAGUAGAGGUGUUUACGGUCAAUCAAGAGAUAAAAGAAAAGAUGCUUCUGCUUGGGAUAAAAUGAACGCGAAUAAAAUCGAUUCAGAACCAUUUUACGAAGGAAAAGAAGAAGAAAAACCAAAAAUCGACAGAAGAUUGGCACCUCCCAAAGAUGAAACAGACAAAACAUACACUUAUGAGUCAGUAUCAGUUGAUUCCGAGAAUCUUGAGAGACUUAAACAGCUUAACCAGAUGAAAUCCGAUUCAGAAAAACCGAAAUCCCCAACAAAUAAAUCCCAAAAAUCUCCAGUUAAAUCUGAUGUUUCAAGCGAAAGUGAUGUUUCUAAUUCUGAUUUCAAGUUAACACAAAAUCAGAAGAGUAAAUUACCUCCACCACCACAGUUUGCAACUGAAUCUGAUUCUUAUAUCGAUUCAUCAUCAACAAAUGAUGAAAAGCAAAACAAUGAAAAAUCAUUCACUGCAUCAACAAAAAGUGAUAUGAAAAGUGACACAAAAACAAAGCCAACACAUGAAUACACUUAUACAUCAGUUAUUCCUAACACUAAAGAGAUUGAUAAUGUUAAAUCACAGAUGUCGAGAGCUCCACAACAAGAAACAACAUAUACUUAUAUGUCUGUUGAUCCAACAACGAAAGAAAUGGAUAAUAUUUCAUCAAAAUCUCCUUUGUUAGCUGCUUUUUCAAUGAAACAAAAGACAGAUAGUACAGAAACAACAAACACUGAUACAUACACGUAUCAAACAGAAGAAGAUAACACAAGUCAACGAAAUACAAGGAGAUCUAUUCCUGAAUACAAAUCUAAAGAAGAUGAAACACAAAAGAACAGAUUUACUUCUCAGCAAAAACCACAAAACAAAGAAGGAAAACAAAAUCCAACAGUAUUGGCAGCAAUCUUAGGCCAGAAACCAACGAAACAACAACAACAAAACAAUUCAACAAUAGAAAGUAGUGAUUCAGAAGCAGAAUCAGUUGAUUUCUCAAGAAAACAAAGACAAAACAAUCCAUCUCUUGAUUUGUCAUCUGAUAUCUACAAAGAAAACACUUAUUCUUACACAUAUUCAACAGCAGAAUCAACUCCAAAACAAAGUCCGAAACAAAAUCCAGUUGAAAAAGAAGAAAAAUCUGUUCCAGAAAGAUUUACACAACAAAAAUAUGUUCCUCCACAGUACAAAUCAAAAGCUCCUGCAAAUCUUAACUUACUAAGUGGCGAAGAUGAUCUUUCUCUAUCAAACUAUGGUUAUUCCACAUCAGAAUAUUCAGAAAAGCCAUCAACUAAAUCUGAAUAUUCAUAUCAAUCUGCAGAAGAAGAGAGGGAAGUUCCCCGGGGAAGUAAAAUUGAAAGUCCAAACAAACCUUCAGAAAAAAUUGAAGAAAAAGAGAAUAAACCAGAAGAACAAAGUUACACAUAUACAACAGAGAGUACACAAGAGGAAGAACAACAACAUUGGCAACCAAGGUUUGCUGAAGGAAGGAAGAAAUUACCAGAACCUAAGAAAGAAAGUAGAUUUGGAAAGAAAGAUGAGAAAAGUGAUAGUAACAUUGACAGUUCAUCACAACCAUUUGAUUUCGAUAAGAACUACAGAAAGAUUGAAUCAUCCACACCAGAGCAAAAUCAGCCACAAGAAAGAAGGAGAAGAAGAACAAACACUAAGACAGAAUCAGAAGUUUCAACUCAACCAGAUCCAAGAUACACCGAUUCAAGAAAACAAGUUCCUCCUAAUUCUCGUUCUUACGGAUCUCACUCCACAAUUGAAACAGAAACGGCUACAUGGGAUGACGAACAAACUUUCUCCAGUUCAUACUUACCAAGAAAAGAAACAGAUAACAAUAAAUUGCCAAGUAAAGUGUCAAAUGACAAUUUACCAAGUAAAGUGUCAAAUAAUAAUAUGCCAAGUAAAGUUGCUCAGAAUCGUAGUAAUUUGCCAAGUAAAGUGUCAGAAAAUGUUCCACAAGAGAAGACAAAUAAUUUACCAAGUAAGAUGACGAAUAUUCCACAAGAAAGAACAAGAAAUAUAAGAAAUAACCAAAGAAACGUGAGACAUCCAACAAUUUCUUAUGAAUCCACAGCUGAAUACAACACAGAUUCAGCAGAAUAUGACCAAUAUUCACCAAGAAAACCUCAAAACAAUGAAGGUUCACCUGUUCAAAGACAGAAACCAUUGGAACAAGAGAAAGAUAAAGGAAAACUCACAAAUAUAUUUGGAAAAGACAAAUUCCCAGAACCAAAUUCAUCAACAUUUGAUCCUUACAAUCCAUUUGCUGAUAUUCCAACUUACGACUCUUCUCCUGAACCAAAGAAAGAAGAGAAACCACAACAAACAAGAAGAAACACACGACAAAGAAGAAUUGAUCCUGAUUUCAAACCAACACCUGCAAACCAACUUAAACCAAACGAAUACACGAAACCAUUUAAUAAAUCAAACAACAACUUACCAGAGAAACAAGAACAAACUCAACAAAUUCAAUCAAGACAAACAAGACAACCAACUAUUUCUUCUCCUCGUAAUAAUAAUAUUAAUCAGCAAAAACAACCUCAAAACAACAACAUGAAUCAAAACUCAACAACAACUUCAAUUGAUACAAUUUCAGAAACAAAACAAAGUCAACAAAAACAAACUCAGCAAAAGCCAUAUCAAUAUCAAGAAAUCAAACCACAAACAAUUCCAAAUCAAACUUAUACAAACACAAACACAAAUACAAUUCAAAGCCAAGAAAACAAAGAUAAUAAGUCAAUUUCUUCUGUUCAAAAAGAAGCAGAAAAAGUUCCAGAAAAAGAAGAAAUUAUUAAACAGAAAGUUCCAAGAAGAUUAAGAGGAAGAACACAAACAUCUUCUAGUAAUACAAAUACACAAGAAGAAAACACACAAAAGAAUACAAUUAAAUCAGAAACAAAUUCAGAAUCAACAUUUCCAACUGUUGAAGAUAUUUUAUCUCCACCACAAAAACCGAAACAAGUUUCUAAAUUUGCAGCUGUUCCAGAAACAAAUGAAGUACAAAGCGGAUCAACAAUCAUUGAUUCAGUCACUAAUUCACAACAAACAAAUCAUUCAGAAGAUUUCAUUGAAGUUUCUCAUGAUGAAUCACAAAAAUCAAAUCAAUCAGAAGAAGAAGAAUCAGAACAAGAAUCAUAUGAAGAAUCAGAGCAAGAAAAUCAAAAAGAUACAGACACAAAGACAUACACUUAUACAUAUGAAAGUGUAGAAGAACCAAUAAGAAAGACAUCAUUGAUGCCAACAAGACAAAAGGAAGAAUCAGAUGAUAGUAAAUACAUCUAUAAGAUUCCAGCACAACCUCCAAUUACUGAGUUCAGAAGAGUUCCUCAACCUUUCUCUAAAUUCAUGGCAAAUCAGAAAGAAACAUCGGCAAUUGAUACUCCAAAUACAACUUACACUUAUGGAACUUCUUCAAGUAUGACAACAACACUAAAGCUUGCACAACUUCCUGAUGACGGUCCUUUGAUGCCUAUUCCAAUCAAAAAGAAUUAA